AUGUACUCUCUCUUUCCCACCAAAAGCAACAGAUUUGCCGUCACCAUGAUGGCUUCAUCAACCUCCAGCCCUUCGCAGGGCAAAGCUCUCUCGUCGUCGCCGUCCCUGGGCUCGCAGCCCACAGAGAAUCUUGCACCUCCGGGCCGGCCCUUUUUGGAGGAACGGUCGCUUUCGGCUGCGUCGGUUGCCUCUGCUGCGCCCUCGUCUGCGUCGGUUUCUGCCGGGGAAGAGUCUCUGUCUCGUCCUGGCCACAACUGGGCGAAACCCAACCGCCGUGCUGCCCGGGGCUCUGUCCUCGGUGGAGCUGUCUCUGGCGUUGUCGUCGGCUCGCGCCCUCGACCUUCCCUCUCUGGUGGUGUGCUUGCGGUUCCGUAUCUGCCGUUCUCGCUCCCGCCUGUGCUGCCGGGCCCCGUCUCGCCACCCGCGCCCACUCGACCCGCGCCACCGGUCCCUCCCUCCCGGCCGCCUCCUGCCGUUCCCUCGUCGCCGGCCAUCCCGGCCCGGAACCCUGCCCGUCUGGGACCAGCUUCGCCCGCGCCCUCCGGCUCUGCCCGAGAUGACAAGAAGACCCAUGGGGUGAAGAAGGAGGAGAAGUGA